UGCCACCAAGAGAGGCAUUCCUGGGCAUGCCCCGAGAGGAGAAUGUGGGCUCCUGGUUCCCUGCUGGCAGCUGCCCCUGGGGUCCCUGGGAGCCCUGCCAUCUCUCUGGAGCAGCCAUCACAGCACUCGGAGACGCAGGGCUGGACCUUUAGUGGGUCCUGGAGCUGAUGUGCCGGAGGUGUCUCUAGGGGCUCCUGUGUGGCCAUUCAGUUUGCACCACCCUUUUAGGAGCCAGAACCAGCACAAAGACCUGGUAUGGGCUUCCUGCACCAGCUCCUCCUCCUGGCCUCACUCAUCCCACCAGGCCAGGCCUCGUGGGGUGUUUCCAGUCCCCAGGAUGUGCAGGGCUUGAAGGGGUCCUGCUUACUCAUCCCCUGCAUCUUCAACUUCCCUGCCGAAGUAGCAGUGCCCAAGGGCAUCACAGCCAUUUGGUAUUUUGACUCCAAUUCUGGGGGAGAGCGGAAGGUGGUGAGCCAUUCAGAGAACCCCACGCUGGUGGAGGCGCGCUUCCGAGGCCGUGCCCUGCUGGCGGGGAGCCCCGAGCACAAAGUGUGCAACCUGCUGCUGAAGGACCUGCAGCCUGAGGACUCGGGCUCCUACAAGUUCCGCUUUGAAAUCAGCGAGGGCAACAAAUGGUUAGAUGUCCAAGGCACCACGGUCACCGUGACAGAGGAGCCCCGCACACCUGCCAUCGCCUCGCCCGCCGAGCUGCGUGAGGGCAUGGAGGUGGACUUCAACUGCUCCACCCCCUACGCCUGCCUGCAGGAGCCGGUCAGCCUGGAAUGGCAAGGCCAGGACCCGGCUCACUCUGUCACCUCCACCCUCCAGAGGCUGGAGCCCACCGGCAUCAGACACCUGGAGACCCUCCAUAUGACCCUGUCCUGGCAGGACCAUGGCCGGACCCUGGGCUGCCAGCUCUCGGUGGCCGGUCGCAAGGCACUGGGCGAGAUUCACCUCCAAGUCCAGUAUGCCCCACGGGGCGUGGAGGUCCUGCUUAGCUCCUUGGGGCAGAACAUCCUCCCAGGUGACCUGGUCACACUCACCUGCCAGGUGAAUAGCAGCUACCCAGAGAUCAGGUCGGUGCAGUGGGUCAAGGACGGGGUGCCCCUCGAAGCCAAGGGCCGGGUGCUGCGGUUGCCCCAGGCAACCUGGACCGAUUCCGGCGUCUACACCUGCCAAGCUGAAAAUGCUGUGGGUUCUGCCAUCUCGACCCCUGUCAGCCUCUAUGUCUUCGCCGCUGAGGUCCAGGUGAACCCAGAAGGCCCCUUCCUGGAGAACCAGACAGUGACACUGACCUGCCACAUGCCCAGUGGGACGCCCAGUGAGAUCCGCUACAGCUGGUACAAGAACCAGUUCCUGUUGGAGGACGCCCAUGCCCGCACCCUGCAGCUGAACCGGGUCACCAGGGCCGACGCUGGCUUCUACUUCUGCGAGGUGCGGAACGCCCAGGGCAGUGAGCGCUCGGGCCCCGUCAGCGUGGUGGUCAACCACCCACCCCUCACUCCAGACCUGACUGCUUUCCUGGAAACGCAGGGGGGGCUCAUGGGUAUCAUCCACUGCUCUGUGGUCAGUGAGCCCCCAGCCAUCCUGGUACUGUCACAUGGGAGCCUCAUCCUGGCCUCCACCCCCCAGGAGGGUAACCGCGGCCCACGCUUCAGUGUCUUCUCUGCUCCCAACUCCCUGCGCCUGGAGAUUCAACACCUGGAGCCAGCUGACAGCGGGGAGUACAAGUGCUUGGCAACCAACUCCCUUGGAAAUGCGUCAUCCACCCUGGACUUUCACUCCAAUGCUGCUCGUCUCCUUAUCAGCCCAGCAGCGGAGGUGGCAGAAGGGCAGGCGGUGACGCUGACCUGCAGGAGUGGCCUGAGCCCCACGCCUGAAACCCGCUACUUCUGGUACCGGAAUGGAGUCCUGCUUCUCGAGGGGCCCAGCAGCAGCCUUGUGCUCCCCAUGGCCUCCAGCACCGACGCCGGCUCAUACCACUGCCGGGCCCAGGACAGCCACAGCGCCAGUGGUCCUUCCUCGCUUGCCAUCCUUACUGUGCUCUAUGCCCCACGCCAGCCCAGGCUCAUUGCCCGCCUGGACCCUGAUGCCACUGGAGUUGGGACUGGACGGCGAGGCCUCCUCUUGUGCCGUGUGGACAGCGACCCUCCGGCCCUGCUUCGGCUGCUCCACGGAGACCACAUUGUGGCCUCUUCCCUGCCACCGGCUGGGGGCUAUUCCCAGCACAUUCAGGUCACUAGAGCCCCCAACUUGCUGCGCGUGGAGAUUCCUGACCCUGUGCUGGAGGAUGAGGGCACAUACCUAUGUGAGGCCAGCAAUGCCAUGGGCAACACCUCGGCCUCCGCCACCUUCAACGCCCGGGCCACCGUCCUGGUCAUCGAGCCAUCAGACACACUGCGGGAAGGUGUGGCAGCCAACCUGACUUGCAACGUGAGCCGCAAAGCCGCCGGCAGCCCUGCCAACUUCUCCUGGUUCCGGGAUGGGGCACUGUGGACCCAGGGUCCCCUGGAGACCGUGACCCUGUUGCCUGUGGCCCGGACCGAUGCUGCCCUCUAUGCCUGCCACAUCCUCGCCAGAGCUGGGACCCAGCCCUCUGCCCCAGUGGCCUUGAAUGUGCUCUACCCACCAGACCCUCCAAAGCUGUCGGCCCUCCUGGACGUGGGCCAGGGCCAUGUGGCUGUGUUUGUCUGCACCGUGGACAGCCGCCCUCCAGCCCAGCUGGCCCUGUUCCAUGGGGAGAACCUCCUGGCCACUAGCCCGGGGCCCCAGCUUCCAUCCCGUGGCCGGCUCCAGGCCAAGGCCACGGCCAACUCCCUGCAGCUGGAGGUCCGAGAACUGAGUCUUGGAGACUCUGGCAGCUACCGCUGCGAGGCCACAAAUGUUUUUGGAUCAGCCAACACCUCCCUCUUCUUCCAGGUCCGAGGAGCCUGGGUUCAGGUGUCACCGUCACCUGAGGUCCAAGAGGGCCAGGAGGUGGUUCUGAGCUGCCAGGUACCCACAGGGGUCCCGGACGGGACCUCAUACCGCUGGUACCGGAACAGCCAGCUCCUCCAGGAGCAGACCUUGGCCACGCUCCACUUCGCAGCCAUUUCUUCAAGCCAAGCUGGAGCCUACCACUGUCAAGCCCAAGCCCCGGGCUUGGCCACCACAAGCCUGGCUACCCCCGUCAGCCUCCAUGUGUCCUACGCACCCCACCAGGCCAAGCUCACUAUCCUGAUGGACACUGGCCCUGGGCGACUGGGCCUCUUCCUGUGCCGUGUGGACAGUGACCCUCCAGCCCAGCUGCGCCUGCUCCACGGGGACCGCCUUCUGGCCUCCACCCUGCAGGGUUUGGGGGCCUCUGCAGGCAGCUCUCCCCACCUGCAGGUGGUCGUGGCCUCCAAUGCCUUGCGCCUGGAGAUUCACGGUGCGGUGUUGGAGGAUGAGGGUGUCUACACCUGUAAGGCCAACAACACCCUGGGCCAAGCUUCGGCCUCAGCCACCUUUGAUGCCCAGUCUGUGAGUGUGCAGGUGUGGCCUGAGGCCACAGUACACGAGGGGCAGCUGGUGAACCUGACCUGCCUGGUAUGGACCCACCUGGCCCACCUCACCUACACGUGGUACCAGGAUGGGAAGCAACGCCCAGGUGCCCGCUCUAUCCUCCUGCCCAACGUCACGGUCACAGAUGCUGCCUCGUACCGCUGUGGUGUGGGGAUCCCUGGCCAGGCACCCCGCCUCUCUAAACCUGUCUCCCUGGAUGUCCUCUACGCGCCCCGUGGCCUGCGCCUGACCUACCUCCUGGAGAGCCAUGGUGAGCAGCUGGUCCUGCUAUUGUGCACUGUGGAUAGUCGUCCACCUGCCCAGCUGGCCCUCAGCCACGCUGGCCGUCUCCUGGCCUCCUCGACCACAGAUUCCAUCUCCAACACCCUGCGCCUGGAGCUGUGGGACCCCCGGCCCAGCAACGAGGGUCUCUACAGCUGCUCUGCCCACAGCCCCCUGGGCCAGGCCAACAUGUCCCUGGAGCUGCGGCUGGAGGGAGUGCGGGUGACCCUGGCUCCAUCAGCUGCUGUGCCUGAGGGGGACCCUGUGACAGUGACCUGUGAAGACCCCACUGCGCACCCACCCACUCUUUAUGCCUGGUACCACAAUGGCCGCUGGCUGCAAGAGGGGCCACUCGCCUCCCUCUCGUUCCUGGUGGCCACGCGGGCUCACGCGGGUGCCUACUCCUGCCAGGCCCAGGAUGCCCAGGGCACACGCAGCUCCCGGCCUGCUGCCCUGCAAGUCCUCUAUGCCCCCCGUGACGCCGUCCUGUCCUUCUUCCGGGACUCUCGGGCCAGUCCUGCAACCGUAGUGCAGUGUACUGUGGACAGCGAGCCGCCUGCCGAGCUGACCCUGUCCUGUGAUGGCCAGGUGCUGGCCACCAGCCAGGGGGCCCGUGGCUCGGCAUUGGGGACAGGUCCCAUCCAGGUGGCCCGCAAUGCCCUGAGGCUGCAGGUGCAAGAGGUGCCAGCAGGAAAUGAGGACACCUAUGUCUGCAUGGCCCAUAAUUCGCUGGGCUCAGUCAGCACCACUGGGCAGCUGCAGGCUGAAGGUGUGCGUGUGGUGGCGGAACCAGGCCUGGACUUGCCUGAGGGCGCUGCACUGAACCUGAGCUGCUGCCUCCCAGAUGGCCAUGGGGCCCUGGGCAACACUACCUUCGCUUGGUUCUGGAAUGGCCGGCAACUCCCUGCAGAGCCUGUGCCCACUCUCCCCUUCACCUCUGUGACCCGUGCCCAGGCUGGGGUGUACCACUGCCGGGUCAAGCUCCUUUCUGGGGCCGUCAUCUCUGCUCCAGUUAUGCUCCGCGUGCUCUACCCUCCUGAGACACCCACCAUGACAGUUUUUGUAGAGCCUGAGAGUGGACUCCAGGGCAUCCUGGACUGCCGAGUGGACAGUGAGCCACGUGCCAGCCUGACCCUCCACCUCGGCGGUCGAUUGGUGGCAUCCAGCCAGGCCCGGGGCCCUCCUGCUGAGCCACACAUCCAUGUCUUGGCUUCUCCUAAUGCCCUGCGGGUGGACAUGGAGGAGCUGAGGCCCAGCGACCAGGGGGAAUACGUGUGCUCUGCCUCCAAUGCCCUGGGUUCUGCCUCAGCCUCCACCUAUUUUGGGACUAGAGCCCUGCACCGCCUCCAUCUGUUCCAGCAGCUCCUCUGGGUCCUGGGGUGGCUGGCAGGUGUUCUGUUCCUGCUAUUGAGCCUGGGGGCCUGUUAUGCCUGGAGAAGGAGGCCCUUACAUAAGCAGAGAUCCUGCCAGAAUUUGGUGGAGAUGGCUUUUCAGAAGGAGACCACGCAGCUCAUUGAUCCUGAUGCAGCCACAUUUGAGACCUCGUACUGUGCUCCAACCCUGAGCUGACCGGUGGCACUGCCUGCCAUCAGGAGAAGGACGCCGGAAUCUCUGAUGACUCGAGCCGUGGGAGCCAGGCAGGGCCCGGUCCCACCUAUCUCAGUGAAAGCAGCUCUGGGACAUCUGACUCCCUAUGACCUGGCUCCAAGCCUCUUGCCCCCAAGAAAAAUGGGUGGUGAGAGGUGGGGUGACCCCAAUCUCUCCAGGAGGGUGUUAACCCUGGGAACUCUGAAUAGAAAUGAAUUAACUGUGUUGUCCAAUCUCCUCUCUCUUCCUCUUUUCUCUGUAUUUCAUCUUUCCUCUCCAUUCCUCCUCCAAUGCCCCUUCAUAUCUUUCUCCUCAAAGCCCAAGCAGGACCUUUUGGAUGGAUUAGAGGAGGAGCUUUCUGCGUCCUCACAGGUUGGCCAAUGGACUCUGUAUUAGAAUAGAAGUUAGGCUGCUCUAACAAGAGGCCAAGUACAGUGACUUCAAUGUGAUAGAAUUUUAUUUUUCUCCCCCAUACUUGUCUGGGUAUGUUAUGGUAGUUCAAAGUGUUGGGGCUCGGGAUCCUUCUAUCUUAUUUUCCUCUAUCCCUAAAGUAUUGCCUUUGAUUGUGAAGGUUCAUGAUGGCCCUACUGUGUCUGUCCACAUUCCCACCAGUGAGAAGGAAGAAGAGCGGAAGUAGAGCACGCACAUUCCCUAUGUGGGCACAACCCAGAAGUUGCUCAUCAUUUCUACUCACUUCCCAUUGGCUGGAGUUUAGUUACAUGGUCAAUCCAAGCUGCAAAUGAAAGUGGGAAAUGCAAUCUUUAUUCUCAGUCCAGAGUACAUUUGGAAAUUCUGUUUCCAAAGGGCUCCCAACUGUAGAAUCACCCUUGGGAUCGACAGUGAGGGAAUGCCGCCAGCAGGCUACACUCUAUUUCAGUGUCCAUCUACUGGUAUCUCUCCCCCUCUCCCCCCAGCCAUUCUGGCCAGUCAUGGGCUUCCUGUAGGAGGUAGUCCCUCUCAUACAAUAAAACUGAAGAAAUAAGGUUUGGUGGCCUCUAGGGAAAGGGCAAGGAACCCUGGUGGUGCAGUGGUUAAGCAAUUGACUGCUAACAGAAAGGUCAGUUGUUUGAACCCACCAGCUGCUCCACAGCAGAAAGAUGUGGCAGUCUGCUUCCAUAAAGAUUACAGCUUUGGAGACCCUAUGGAGCAGUUCUACUCUGUCCUACAGGGUCAGCCACUAUGAGUUUGAAUCCACUCCUUGGCAUUGGGUUUGGAAGGGAGAGGGCAUGACAGGCAGUAGGUUGCCUGCUCAGGAGACCCAGGUUCGAUUCCCAGCCAAUGCACCUCAUGCACACCCACCAUCCAGCUGUCAGUGGAAGAUUUGUGUUGCUGUGCCUUAGAUUUCAGCAGAGCUUCCAGACUAAGGAAGACUAGGAAGAUAGAUCUGGCAAUCUACUUCCGAAAAGCCGCCAAUGAAAACCCUGUGGAUCACAACAGUCCACGAUAAUCCACAACAAAUCAUGUGGGUGGCACAGGAUUGGACAGUGUUUCAUUCCAUUGUGCAUGGCAUCACCAUGAGUUGGGGGCCCAGUUUGAACAACUAACAAUAACUCCCUCCAAGGACUGGGCCCUACCAUAUAGGCUCUUUCAAGUCUGGGGAGCAAAUGCAUAUGCUAUUAGCAGCCUUAUUUCUGGUCCACGUGCAUCCCUCUGAUUGAUCAAGUGAAUUCCUGAGCUUUUGCUGAAGGCUGGGAGGCCAGGAGGUGUUAAAGGGACUGAGAGUUAGCAAGAAGAACUAAAAUCUCCCAGGAAAUGAGGGACAGAGGGGAGCCAGUCGUCCGGUGGGCUAGCGACUGCCCAGUGGAGACUGGGGGGAAUGGUGGGAGGGGCAACGAGCUGUUGCUCUGGGAUUUGGAUUGAGAAAUGGGAUUUGGGUUAGGAGAGCAGUGGGAGGUUGGUGUAGAAGCUUCCAGGCUGGGAAGAAAUUGGAGGCUAGGUGCACUUCAAGUAGCCAGGCUGGGCCUGCCCUAGUUCCAGGCCCCAUUCCUUUUCAUGCCUGAUGGCUGGACUCUUCCUGGGAGCCUGUCCAGCAUGUCCUUCCAAUAAACUUCCAUCCUGUGA